CUGUCACUCUUUUUAAGCCUCACUUCUUUCCAUUUCAGUGUUUCCUAUAAAUUUUCCCUGCAGUUCUGUUGAAGAAAAACAAGAAAUAAUCAAAACUCUCUCUUUGAGACCUUGAAAUGGGUGCUGGUUGCUCAAAAGUUUCUCUAUGUUUUUGGCCCUCCAACCUAAAAACCCACAUGAUCACUAAUUCUUCUGAAAUGGAGUCUGCAGAGUUAGCUGCAUUGCCUGCUUUCAGGAUUUACAGUCUAGAUGAACUUAGAGCAGCAACCUCUGGAUUCUCAAAAGAAAACAUUGUAUCAGAACAUGGUGCAAAAGCUCCUAAUGUUGUUUACAAAGGACAGCAGGAAGAUGAUGAUCGUUGGAUCGCGGUUAAGCGUUUUAAUAGAUCUGCAUGGCCAGAUACUCGCCAAUUCCUCGAUGAAGCUAAAUCAGUGGGGAUGCUUAGAAGUGAACGGCUGGCAAAUUUGAUUGGAUGUUGCUGUGAAGGGAAUGAGAGAUUGCUUGUGGCACAGUUUAUGCCUCAUGAAACACUUUCAAAGCAUCUAUUCCAUUGGGAGAAACAACCGUUAAAAUGGGCGUUUAGGUUGAGAGUGGCCUUGUAUCUUGCACAAGCCUUGGAUUAUUGUAGCAGUAAAGGAAGGGCAUUGUAUCAUGACCUCCAUGCUUACAGAGUUCUGUUUGAUCAGGAUGGCAAUCCACGGCUUUCAUGCUUUGGCCUUAUGAAAAAUAGCAGGGACGGAAAGAGCUAUAGUACAAACUUAGCUUUCACCCCACCAGAAUAUUUGAGGACAGGCAGAGUGACGGCAGAGAGUGUGGUUUACAGUUUUGGCACCAUAUUGCUUGAUCUUCUCAGUGGCAAACACAUUCCACCAAGUCAUGCGCUUGACUUGAUACGUGGGAAGAAUUAUGCCAUGCUAACAGACUCGUGCUUAGAAGGUCAUUUCUCAAAUGAUGAUGGAGCUGAGUUGGUACGGAUAGCUACACGAUGUUUACAGUAUGAGGCGCGAGAUAGGCCAAGUGCUAAAUCUCUUGUCACUGCUCUUGCUUCUCUUCAAAAAGAAACAGAGGUUGCGUCUUAUAUUUUGCUCGGUGUUAGUCAGGAAACUGAUUCCUCAAUGCAAUUCACAAAGUUAUCUCCUCUGGGAGAAGCUUGCUCAAGAGUGGAUCUAGCUGCCAUUCAUGACAUAUUGGAGAAGCUUGGGUACAAUGAUCACACAAGGAUUGCAGAAGGGCUUUCAUUUCAAAUGUGGACCAAUCAUAUGCAGGAAACCAUAAACUGCAGAAAGCGUGGGGACAGUGCUUUUCGAGCUAAAGAUUUCAUUACAGCCAUCCAUUAUUAUACACAGUUCAUUGAGGCCGGAGCAUUGGCAUGUCCUAUCGUGUUCCUGAGACGUUGUUUGUGUUACUUGACGAAUGACAAGCCUCAAGAAGCUCUUGGAGACGCAAUGCAAGCGCAAGUAAUAUCUCCAGACUGGUGCUCUACCUUGUAUCUUCAGGCAGCUGCUUUGUACAGCCUGGGGAUGGACAAGGAUGCACGGGAAACACUUGAAGAUGGUUUCUUAUUAGAAGCCAAAACAAAAGAAGCAAAAAUUUAGAUGUAAAACUUUACAUCUCCUCUGUUACAACAAACUCUUAAUUUUUGUAGUUUUUGUCUUAUAUUAUCUAUUGGGCAGACUUCUAAGCAAUGCAGCAAGGUCUGAGAAUAUGUUGAUUUGUAAUUGCUGUAUUUUUGUUUUUUAUGUGCGUUUAACAUUACAUCCAUUUAUCAAGAAAGAAAGUCUCAGAGUUAUGGC